AUGACUCCCACUUCACCAAAUGCAUCCAAUUCUGCCCACGCCUCGACGGCUGCAGAAAACAAGAUUGCGACCCGCCACAGAAGUACUUUGAAAGUGGUUCUAGAAGUCGUCAAGGUGAUUAUCUACGAUAUAUGUUUGUGGUUUUUUGACCUGAUCGUACACACGUUUUUUCGAGAAGUCAAGUCCAGGGGUACAUUCCACAUUCCUCGAACGGGACCCAUUAUCUUUGUGAUUGCCCCGCAUGCGAACCAGUUUAUCGAUCCUCUUCUUGUGAUGUUGAAAGUGCGGCAUUAUUCUGGACGACGAAUUGCAUUUUUGACCGCUGCCAAGUCGUAUCGGCGUAAAUUUAUAGGUAUGUUUGCCCGGUUAACGGGGGCGAUUCCUGUGGAGAGAGCGCAGGAUCUCUUGAAAGCGGCGCCAGGAACCAUAAAAAUUGACCUUGAUGGAGACGCUACUGUGGUCAAAGGUACAGGAACGAGGUUCACUCGUGAUUGCCAAAAGAAGGGACUUUUGGGGUUACCGGAUUCGUUAGGUAAUGCUGUGGUGGAAGAGGUGGUCUCGGACACGGAAUUGAGGUUGCGAAAACCGUUCCAAUUGGGUAAAAAAGAGCAGCAAAUAACUGACCGGUUGACCAAUGGAACCACCUACAAAGUGGCUCCCCAUGUGGAUAAUAAUGUGGUUUUCCAAAACGUUUUCAACCACCUUAACGGUGGCGAAGUGUUGGGGAUUUUUCCUGAAGGAGGCUCUCACGAUCGUCCUGAUCUCUUACCAUUGAAGCCUGGUGUUGCAAUUAUGGCUCUUGGAGCUGCGUCGACAUCGCCGGACCUGCAUGCGGUUAUCAAUGUGAUUCCCGUUGGAAUGAACUACUUUCAUCCACACCGGUUCCGGUCUCGGGCAGUUAUUGAGUUCGGCAAGCCGAUUCGGGUGGACAAAAAGAGAAGCAAAAUGUACGAAGACAACUCCAAAGCGGCCGUGGAUGCGUUAUUGGAGACAAUUACUUUGGGACUUCGAGAGGUUACGGUGACAUGUACAGACUACGACACACUUAUGGCACUCCAGGCUGCUCGUCGGUUGUAUACCUCGGCGAGAAGAGAGCAAAUACCUUUGCCUAUGAUUGUGGAAAUGAAUAGGCGGUUGGUUCGUGGGUACGAGAAGUACGCCGACAAUCCAGAAGUCAAGGAAAUGAAAACCAUGGUCAGCGAGUACAACAAGAAACUCAUGAGAAUGGGGCUCCAUGAUCACCAGGUGGAACUGUUGUCGUCUAGUGACCGGUUCAAGACAUUGGUGACGUUUUCCGACCGGUUAUUCAAAGUUUUUUUGUUUUUCGGGCUCAGUUUACCAGGAAUUUUCUUGUUUUCGCCGGUAUUCAUUACCGCAAGAAGAAUCUCUCGUCAGAAAGCCAAAGAAGCUCUCGCUGGUUCGGUGGUAAAAAUUCGGGCUCGCGAUGUGUUGAGCACUUGGAAAAUCUUGGUGGCUUUGGGUCUCGCUCCAGCAUUGUACAUUUUCUAUUCCGUCAUAGGAACGGUGUUUCUUGUUCAGCUGGGCUUGGUGCCCCAAGUUCCAGUUUUUGUCGUGUUUUUGGUGUGCUACGGGUGGUCGGUGUUGACCACCUACGCUUCGUUGCGUAUAGGUGAAAUUGGAGUCGAUUACUACAAGUCGCUCAAACCUUUGUUUUACUCGCUAAUGAGUGCCCAUAAAGAUGUGGGACAAAUUGAGGAGCUUAAAAAGAACCGAGCUUAUCUCGCUGAGCGAGUGACAGAAUUCUGUGACAAGUUUGGUCCAGGCUUGUUCAGCGACUAUGACCGGUUCUACAAGAGGUAUAAUGGAGUCACCGACUUUGACGAGUUCUACGACCACGAGGAACCGUCACUGGCAUACUCUGGUUUUAAUAUCCAUAAUCUUGCCGAUGUACCAAUUUUUUCGGGUGAAGCCAGUGAUAGUGAUAAUGGGGAAGAAGCCGUGGGCCACGAGGAGGUGAUUCCUACCAGUGAAAAGACCAAGUUGCGGCUUCGAAAGGCGAUGCAAGAGCGGAGGGAAGAAGAGGAAGGUAAUGGAGAGAAUUAA